AUGAUCCUCUCGGGAGCAGUCAGAGUUUGGAAUUUCCCUGGCAACGUCGACAAGUUCGAGUUCGACGACUACCUCAAGUAUGAGUUCAACCACUACAAGGAGUGCCCCGCAGACCACGACAAGCACAAUUUCGCGACGUACAACUACGAUGAGCACAACGACAACCACAAGUACAAGUACAACGACGAGCGCGACACCUACGAGCACAACAACUUCGAGUACGGCAACUACGAGUACGGCAACUACGAGCAUAGCAACCACGAGUACAGCAACUACGAGCAUAGCAACCACGAGUACGGCAACUACGAGCAUAGCAACUACGAGUACGGCAACUACGAGCAUAGCAACUACGAGUACGAAAACUACCAGCAUAACAACAACGAGCAUAACAGCCACGAGUACGGCAACUACGAGCACGAUAACUACGAGCACUAUAACUACAAGCAUAACGACUACGAGCUCAACAACUACGAGCAAAACAACUGCGAGCGCGGCAACGACGACAAAUCCAACGGCGAUCAUCCCGGUGAGCACUGCGAUCAAUUCUAA